AUGAGCGCGAGGAAGCGCGCCCCCGAGUCUGGGCGGCGGCUGAUCGACUCCUUCCUGGGGCUGCACAACCAGCUGGUCAAGCUGUGCCCCUGGCAGCCAGUUGGGACCAAGGCCAAUGUGCGCCAGGCCAGUGCCAAGCGCGACUUCCCGAAGCUGUUGGGCCUGCUGCCCCUGGAGGUGCAGGUGCCAGUGCAGGCGCUGUUCUCGAUGCCGCUGCCCCCUUCUGGCGGCAAGGCGGGCGGCGGCGGCGCCCCUCCCCCCGCUCUGCUGGUGCCGUCCAGCCCCACCAUAGCCGGGCUGCAAGACGAGGUGCUGCUCAUGACCAGCCUGCAGCGCCCCAAGAAGAUAACAUUCGUGGGCAGUGAUGGCGGCCUGUACCCCUUCCUGGCGAAGCCUAAGGAUGACCUGCGCAAAGACUACCGCCUGAUGGACUUUGCAGGCGUGCUCAACGCGCUGAUGGCGCGCGACCCCGCCGCGCGGCGCCGCUCCAUCGCGCUGCGCACCUACGCUGUCCUGCCCCUGGCUGACGACUGCGGCAUCCUGCAGUGGGUGGACAACCUGGUGGCCUUCAAGUCAGCGUGCGAGGAGGUGUACACCGCGGAGAAGCUGUACAACCGCCGCCAGACGCCCACCCAGAUCCGCAAGCUGUACGACGGAUUCCAGGGCACCCGCAAGGCCGACCUGCUCGCCAGCGUCCUGAGCACCCUGCCGCCCCGCAUGCACAAGUGGCUGCUGGCGCGCUUCCCAGAGCCGGGCGCGUGGCUGGCAGCACGCCUGGGCUUCACGCGCACCGCGGCCGCCUGGAGCAUGGUGGGCCAUGUGCUGGGCAUGGGUGACCGCCAUGGGGAGAACAUCAUGAUCGACGCCACCACGGGUGACAUCAUGCAUGUUGACUUUGGCUGCCUGUUUGACCGCGGCCUCACCCUGGAGGUCCCAGAGAUGGUGCCAUUCAGGCUGACCCAGAACGUGGCGGACGGCUGCGGCGUCAGCGGGGUGGAGGGCGGCUUCAGGCGCGCCGCCGAAUUUACACUGCAGGUCCUGCGCACCAACCGUGGCGCCCUCAUGACGUGCGCGGAGACGUUCCUGGCAGACCCCCUGGUGGAGUGGACCAAGCAGCACAGGGGCGCGGGACAGGAGCUCGACAACCCCAUGGCCAAGGACGCACUGGCGACGAUCGAGGGCCGCCUUAGUGGGACUCUCCUCGGCGUCGCAUCCAUACCCACCAGCCAGGCCCUGUCAGUGGAGGGCCAGGUGGCGCGGCUGAUAUCAGAGGCGGUGGACCACGAGAACCUGGGCCGCAUGUACAUAUGGUGGAUGCCCUGGUUCUGA